CAUCAGCAUCUUUGUUUACUAGCUAGGCAGGGUACAUCCUCACAUCUCCCUGCGCUAGCAUUAGCAUUAGCAUUAGCAGUGCUGAGUUUGCUGUUUACCAUAUAGGGUGUGUAAAUUCACUGUGUUACUGUGUGGUUAAUUUACUAAAUUAGGAAUAUGUCGGUUAACGGACCUGGAGAAGACUCCACAGACGCAAAGAGUAGCGACGGACAAUGGUCAGGGUCGUCUUCGUCUGCCUCUGCUCCCAUGGACGUGGACGCCAAGCCCAGCGCACACAGCUUCAGAUACAGUCUGAAUUUCCCCAGCAUCGGCCAGUGCAUCAUCAUCAACAACAAGAACUUUGACAGAAAAACAGGCAUGAAUCAACGAAACGGAACAGAUGUCGAUGCAGCCAAUGCUAUGAAAGUGUUUGGGAAGCUGGGUUAUAAAGUGAAGGUUUACAACGACCAGUCAGUCGAGCAGUUGAAACAGGUUUUAAUCUCUGCAUCAAAGGAAGAUCACAGCUGCAAUGCCUCGUUCGUCUGCGUCCUGUUGAGUCAUGGAGACGAGGGUGUGUUCUUUGGCACAGAUGGUUCAGUAGAGCUCAAGUACCUGACGUCACUUUUUCGAGGCGAUCGCUGCAGAUCGCUGGUGGGAAAACCCAAACUCUUCUUCAUCCAGGCUUGCAGAGGCACUGAUCUGGAUGCAGGCAUUGAGACAGACAGUGUAGAAGAUGGCAUCACCAAGAUCCCUGUAGAAGCUGACUUUCUCUAUGCCUUCUCCACAGCUCCAGGCUACUACUCAUGGAGGAACACUAUGACCGGUUCCUGGUUUAUGCAGUCACUGUGUGAUAUGAUCACCAAAUAUGGGAAAGACGUGGAGCUUCAGCACAUCAUGACACGAGUGAACCACAAGGUGGCAGUAGAGUUUGAGUCUGUCUCUAAUUCACCAGGCUUUCAUGCAAAGAAACAGAUCCCAUGCAUUGUGUCAAUGCUGACCAAAGAGAUGUAUUUCUCUCCUUGAAGUCAUCAGAAGCCUACGGCCUUCAUCUGUGGGAGAAAGGCGUGAAGAUGUGUACAAGUUGGUGUUGGUGAAUUAUUUUAGUUACACUGUCUGACUGAAUAUCUCUUGACACCUCAGCUAACAUGUUUCUGGGAGAGUAGAUGUGUCACUUUUCACAAGCUUGGUGUUAUAGGGUACUUUAUGUGUGGAGUACAGUUCUGAGAUAAGGCAUUAAAAGUUUACGCCUUCUGAAAUAUUAUUCUGUAUUUUCUCUUAAACAUUUAACCUGAUAAAGGUUAUUUUUUAAAACAAUGUCAAUUUGAAAUAAAAACAAAAAACAACACUGAAAAAUAAUGAAUCUAAAGAUAAAACAUGAUCGACCUUGUAAUUCCAAGUUCACAGUUUCCUACCAGUGAAUGCCUCUUUUCUCUUUACACUGUACACAUUUCAGGGAAACAUUUUGGGAGCCAGUUUAAUAGGAAGUUUGACCUUCUAUAUUUGUUAAUCAUGAAACCAUAGAUGGGCUUCCUGCUCUACAUCAGUUGUUUUAUGAGUCAGCAGUUUAUUUUAGACGUUUGUAAUGAAGGGAUCAUGUCUGUCAUUUCUGUGCCUGUUGUUUUUUCAUAUACAUUAUUUUUUUUUAAAUAUUGAGUCAAUGUAGCGACACCAGCGAAACCAGUAAUAAUUAUUCACUGAAACGGUACGUGAUGAGCUGUGUGAAGCCAAGAUGCUGCACUCAGCAGGUAAAUUUAACAGUUUUGUGUAGCAAAUUCAGGAUUAUCCAUCAAGCUAUCUUGUUGGUUUUUUCAGAAUUACAUUUUUUUUAUGUUUUUCAUUUUCUAAAUAUGGAUUUCUUUGAAUGAACUGUUGCCUGUGAAAGUUCUCAUAUAAGUCAGUGUCAGGCUUCAUAGCAUGCAUGAGUAAAGCCAUCGAACUUGCACAAUGUUUUCAUUUUUCAUUUUCAUACUUGAACACAAGUUUACAUUUCAUGCUAGGCUGUAUCUUGUAUUUAUGGUUUUUAAGGCUUAAAAGGAAAAUAGGGUGCAUUUUCGCUUCGCUUUAAUACUUACAGCUAUUAACUUCUUAAAAAAUGAUUUCCAGUCAGCUGUUUUGAAACAGUGAGUCAUACUUUUGUAUGUAAUGAUCAGCAGUGAGUGAUUUAUAACAGACAAAGCACAAUUUGAUGGUGUACUAAUCCAGGUGCUGGUCAUUUACGAGUAAAUGUUUACAGCAAACCAGCUAAAAUCACUUUUGCUGUUAAAAUAUUUCACUGGUUGACAAUCCAGUUUUUAAGUUGUAUCCUACGUCACUAUUUGGCUUCUUUUUUAUAUCACUAUUUUGUAAGCAGUGAUACUGUGAGGUUGGUGUAAUGCUUUCCUGAAAAAUAAAAACCACUUUCCAUUGUUUUGUGUGUAAA